AUGGCGGAACCAGGCGACGCCGCGGCCUUCAUCCGCGACGCCCCUUUCGAGGUCCUCAAGGCGCUCCUCGGCCGGCUGUCGCCCAAGUGGAUCCUCCGCAUGCGCUCGGUCUGCAGGGCGUGGGGCGGCAAGCUGUGCAACGAGGCCCUCCUCUCCCGCCUCAACCGCGCGGAGCCGCCGCAGCCGCUCCUCUGCUUCGACCGCGUCGCCUGCCCCGACCGUUACAUCCACCUCAGCGACUACUGCGUCGAGUCCCUCGACCUCCGCUCCGGCAAGCUGCGCGCCGUCUUCCGGUUCACUGACAACGAGGACUACUUCAUCGACGAGUACGACCUCGAGGGCCGUGACGCUCCCCCCAUCAUCGACAACUACGUUGUCGACUACGAAAGGAUGAAGCACUACGGCGACGCCAUCCUGAAGCCCCACGUCACGGUCCACGCUUCCCUCGACGGUUACCUCCUCGUCUCCUUCUCCUCGCGUCGCCGUUGGUACAUCAUCAACCCCGCGACACGCCACUGGGUUUCCCUCUUCGAUCCUACGACCUUUGGCUUGGACGUGAUUGGGCUCUAUGAGCACGGCCGUACCGGCAAGUACCAUGUGCUGUGCCUUAGCCGCAGCUAUACCACCGUCCGAGAGCAAGAAGCCCCGACCUGCUCGUACCACGUCAUCGAGGUGAGGCCUGGGCAGCGUCGGUGCAUCGGGCGCCCCCUCUCGCCGGCGGUGCGCAAGGACCAUGGUCUAGGGGCCGGGGUGGAAAGGGCCUCUAUCUCCCCACCCAUCCAGUGGAAGCGCGGCAAAAUGGACCUGCUCUGGCCGCCGCAGCAGAGCCAGGGAUACCACUUGCUGAUGUUCGACACAUGGAACGAGAACUUCAGCUGGACGAGACAUCCUCCUGUGACCUUGAGGGACGACCAACACAUGAGGCUGCUUGAAUUCCCGGACGGCAACCUCGGCCUGUCCGUCUCCAGGGAGAACGUGGCAACGCUAGAUCUCUGGUGUCUACAGGAUUACCGGAACGAGGUUUGGGUGCUCAAGCACCGGAUUCAACUGGCGCUCCAACAGAUGCCGGCUCUGCUGCAGGAUGAACAUCUUUGGAUUCCAGCUGUUGUCUCACCAGAAGGGGAUGUGCUGAUCGAGUCACGGUAUGGGCUGUUCCACUGUGACAGGAAUGGGAAUUUGCUGCGCAGGUUUUGGUUUAAUCAGCCUCGGAGUGGUCACAGGGUGUUGCCUAUUAGGCAUGUGCUGAGGAAGAGCCUCGUUCAGCAUCCGAUGUUCCGGCCCCGGCCGUCCAAGAAUGCUGCUGAACCGCCUUUCUUCCGUUGGCUGUGUAGUGAUCCCAGCUGCAGCUGGUGA